UUUCUUAAGAGUUUCUAGACUCUAUGCACUACAAUAUACCAAUGCUAAAUCUUUCUAAUCGUCAACCUUCGUAUUUAAAUGCUCAUAUUAUUAUCUGAUUGUUUUUUUUCCUUGUAUUUGUUUUUCCUUUUCAGCUCCCGCCGUGUUUCAGAAUCACUCAAAGAAGGUGACGAUUGGUUUGGGGACAUCUGAGACAAUAUUCAUGUCUUUUUACGAACGAUCGUCCUCCGGUACUGUCCGGGUGAUGUGGGAGAAAGCCGGAGAGAGUGACGCCCUACAGUCUCACCGGGAAGAGGCGGGUCUGGUCAGUCUGGUGCUGUAUGGUCAGCUGGUCAGUCUUCUGGGGACAGUCACCAUACUGACACUGACUGAUGUCCGCCAGGAGGAUAAGGGCAACUAUACCUUGACCGUCUCCUCUGACAUCAACGGAGUAGCCCACACAUCAAGUACCAGAUUUUAUGUUGACGUCACUGAGAAGCCAUCAGCAAAGAAAGACACAUCUGGAAAUCACGCUGGAGCAAACAGUGGGGCGAUUGUUGGAGGGGUGUUAGGCGGUUUCCUCGUUGUUGUUACAUCCAUCUUUACAGUGAUAGUUGUGAUCUUAUGGAGAAGAUCAAAAACAAAAGCUUUACCAGAGGGUACUGAAAACAGGCAGAUGUCACCGGCAGGAGAUCUCAUCGGAGAAAUGCGGACGAUAUCGAGACCGGCCGAUACUCACCAUGACCCUGCUGUCAAUAUCAAUCACAAUUACGAGUCACUUGCUCACAACAUCGCCAGAAACCCAGGAUCACGGGACGUGAACUAUGAGUCCAUGACGUCACCCACUAGGUCUGGUGACAACAUGUACGAGAACACUGAAGGUACUAAGUCUAAUGCGGAGGCGGCACGGAGUGAGGACCGAGCAAACUACCAGAACGUCUAA